AUGGAAGUUCAGCGAGAUCUUGAUUUUCAGUGGUUUGGUGUCACCUCAGCAUUACCAUCAGCAAUCAAUCAACAGGAUAAAAAGUUAAUUUUUGCACAAAAAUUUCUUCGACGUUUUGGAUACGUGCGAAAUAUUGCAAAAUUGAAAUCCAGUUCGACAAACAUUACGGAAGGUUUAAAAACUUUUCAACAAUUCAUCGGCAUUAAUGCAUCUGGCACUGUUGAUGAAUUGACAUGGAUAACAAUGGUAGCACCCAGAUGUGGAAACAAAGAUAUUCGCAUUCAAAGGCGAAAACGUUUUACACUUCAAGGUAGUCGUUGGCCAUCAAAAGGUCUUUCAUUUCGAAUUACAAAAUAUCCAACAACAUUUCCAAGACAAUUUGUUGAAAUGGAAUUGUCCAAAGCACUGAGGUUAUGGAGUGAUGCAUCAAGUUUGCAGUUUGAACAUAGAAAGAAGAAAGAUAAAUAUAAAGAUCGUGAUACAGAUAUUCAAAUAUCAUUUGAAAUUGGUGAUCAUGGUGAUACAGAACCAUUCGAUGGACCGGGAAAUGUUUUAGGACACGCUUUUUUCCCACAAUAUGGCGGAGAUGCUCAUUUUGACAACGAUGAAUACUGGACUAUGAAAAGUUCAGAAGGUGUGAAUUUGUUUCAAGUUGCUGCUCAUGAAUUUGGUCAUUCUCUGGGACUCGAACAUUCAAACGAUCCCGAAGCAAUCAUGGCACCCUUUUUUAAAGGAUUUACUCCAAAUUUUACACUACAAAAAGAUGAUAUUCGCGCAAUACGUGCUCUUUAUGGAGGUAAACCGGCGAGAUCUGAUCUUCAAGGAGGAGACAGCUAUCAUGAAUAUAAACAAACACAAUAUUCUAUGGCACCGUCCAUUUAUUCAUUGCCCAAAAUUUGCUACGAAUCAAAAUUUGAUGCAGUUAUAACCAUUGGUACUGAUACAUUCAUCUUUAAAGACAAUAUUGUCUAUCGAAGAACAAAAUUCGGUUUGGACUCUGAUUAUCCAAAAAAUAUUCGUGAUCUAUUCGGACGAUGGGAGGGCGGUGUUUGGCAAAGUAUUCCAAAUAAUCUAGAUACAGCAUUAACUUGGUCCAAUGAUCAAAUUUAUUUUUUCAAGGGUAUAUAUUAUUGGAAGACAAUUCAAUUCAAACUUCAACCAGGAUAUCCAAGAAGAAUUAGUGAGGGUUUUGUUGGCCUCAAUGAAUCGAAACUUUUUAGAGGCAAUCUAGAUGCUGCUUUUGUCUACAGUGGUGAUCAGAAAACAUACUUUAUUUCCGGUGCCUUGUUUUGGCGUUUAAAUGAAAAUCAUGAAUUUAAAGGUCAAAUUGAGCAUAAUUAUCCACAAUUUGUUACCAACUGGCUUCGUAUAACAAAUAAAAUUACAGGCGCUUUACAAUGGAUAAAUGGAAAAACGUACUUUUUCUCCGCUAAUGUUUAUUAUCGAUACGAUCAUGUGAAUCAAAAAGUCAAACAUUUUGGACUUAAAGCUCAUAUGCUUCAUCAUAUGCGCAGAUUAAAAUGUGAAUAA